AUGUCACGAACCCUCUGCGUUCUUCUCGCUUUCCUCGCGUUGGCCACCAUCUCGGAUGCGUGUUUCGCUUCCGGAAUCUGUGGCGGCGGAUGUAUGCCACCACCACCGCCUGUCUGCUCGGGAGGUUAGUUCAGAGGGAUCCCUGGAAUCAUACCGUACAUAAUCACGAGUUACGGCACGACUUUAUAGGUUUAGAGCACAUAAUUCGUGUUCGUUUCCAGGUUGUGGCGGUGGAUACUCUUGCGGAUCCUACGGAUGCUACAGAGCUCGCGCCAGAGGAUCCAAGACGUUGGCUUUCAAAAAAGAUGUGAGUUAGGGUCACAUGUUUCUAAGCGCAGGAACUUUAACAAGACGAGAUGUCAAAAUUGCCAUUUUUAAGAGAUUUAAGGGUUUCCGUAAUUCCAAAGGUAUUGUUCGAAAGGUACUUAUGAUGCAGACGAAACAGAGAACGUGAACAACAAUUUACUGUUUCGCGAGUCCAACUACUCAAUCAUUCUAUUUACAAACUUCCCCCCAAUUUUCAGACGGAAAUGACGCCGGACGAGCGGUUCCAGCGGUGCUGCGAGGAGCGUAACCUGCCCGACUCGUGUCUCUCCAAGUGCUCGUUCCGCUCGUACACCAAAUCGGCGCUUCAGGCGAUGUACUUUAAGCAGGACUCGUGUCCGAUGCAGGCGGCCGCCGAUAUUCAGUUCUGCGCCGCCCAGGGACGCGAUCACACCGCUUGCUGUGUUCGGAACUCGGUUGGAACCACGUUGGCCGGCAACAAGGUGAGUUGAAAGUGUUGUUCUUCUGGAAUGCCAUGGAUACAAAUGUCUUCCAGUGCUUCACUUUCUGUGACCAACGUCCCGGCAACGUGACCCAACUGGAUCUGUCCUACCUCGCCUGCUACGACAGAUUCGAGAACAUGAAGGCGUGCUUCUACCAGAAGGCGUCCGAGGUCUCUUCGCCUCACGUCUCGUUCAACAACGACGAAGAGCUGGAGCGAAAUGAGGAGUUCGCCGUGGCGGAACCGGCAUUCCGUGCUCCGCCAAGAGCCCACACGCUUCCGGAGAACCCACUUCUUUCCGUUCAACAGUUCCUCGCCACCACUUUCGGACAGUGA